CCCUGCUUCAGCGCCUUCUGCGCUUCUGCGCGACGACUUCUCAGUCUGCGAUGCUGCGUGGUGCCCUCAUACCUCACAAGCUCAGGAGGAAGAGCGGGCGGAGGGCGUACCGCGGUCCUCUCCCAUGCUCGUGCAAGUCAAUGAACGUUCCUUCCGAAGCUGUCGGCCAGAAUAGAAACGGGCCACGGACAUCAGCCGUGCACGCCGUCACGGGCAGUCGAUAUACUAGAAGAGUGCGCCGCGCGAGCGUCGACAGCUAGCAUCCCCUCCCCCGACGCCGCUGCCCACGAUGUCACGCGUGAACGUGAACAGCCAGACGACGAUCAACGAGGUGGGCGCCGCAGUUCAGGGUGAGGUCGUCGCGAAAACGCACAAGGGUCCCCGAUUCUGGCUCAUCUUCUGCUCCAUCUGUCUGUCUUUGUUUGCCGCGGCUCUCGAGCUCACGGUCGUCAGUACGGCACUUCCAACCAUCGCGAGCGACCUGCACAUCGAUGAGUUUACCUGGGUCGGUUCGGCGUAUGCUCUCGCUUCUACGGCCUUCCUCCCCAUGAGUGGCGCCAUGGCGGAGGUCUUCGGACGGAGGCCCGCGCUCCUAUUCUGCUUGGCCUGCUUCUUCCUCGGUAGUGGCAUCUGCGGGGGCGCAAGUAACAGCUCCAUGAUGCUUGCCGGGCGGACCGUGCAAGGGUUGGGAGGCGGAGGGAUCCAGGCCUUGGGCUACAUCGUCCUUGCCGACAUCACGACGCUUCGCGAGCGUGGCGUUUACGCGAGCCUGUUCGGAUUAACAUGGAGCAUUGCGUCUCUCAUUGGCCCCAUCGUCGGUGGCACACUCGCCGACAAAGGCCAGUGGCGCUGGAUCUUCUACAUGAAUCUCCCCAUCGCCGGUGUGGCGUCCGUCCUCGUUGGAGUUUUGCUGAAUUUGCCCACGCCGCCGGGUUCAAUCCAAGAGAAACUGGCCAAGAUUGACUGGAUUGGGAACGUCAUCGUCAUUGGGAGCACGACCUCCGCUGCUAUUGGACUUACUUGGGGCGGCGUCACGGCGCCCUGGGACUCCGCGCAGACUUUGGCGCCGCUAAUCAUCGGACUGGUUGGUCUGGUGCUUUUCAUGGUGUACGAGGCGAAGUGGGCGAAAAAUCCACUGGUGCCCUUCCACGUCGUCAACAACCGCACGAGCGUCAGCGGCUAUCUGCAAACCUUCAUCUCGGCGGUGGGCGCGCUCUGCCUCACCUACAUGUAUCCCGUGUACUUCCAGGCUGUAAAAAAUGCGACGCCCAUCAAGUCCGGCGUCUACCUUCUGGGCAUGUCUGCCUUGGUUCCCGCGGCCAUCGUCGCUGGUGUGAUGGUGAAGAAGACAGGCCGCUACCGCCCGCAGAUGCUCGUUGGCUGGUGUCUCCCAGUCAUUGGUACUGGCCUGAUGAGUACGCUGCACGCAUAUCACACCGUUGGCCGCGCCAUUGGAUAUUUGGUUAUCGUUGCCGUGGGCAUCGGCGCCGUAUACUCGACGACGAUGUUCCCCAUCCAAGCGCCGCUACCUGUGCAGUCUAGCGCGUUGUCGCUAUCCUUCAUGUCUUUCGUGCGGGCUUUUGCCGGAAUCUGGGGCGUCACCAUCGGCAGCACUGUCCUCCAGAACCAGGCCAACAAGAAGCUCCCCCAGUGGUUCAAAGACCAGCUACCGGGCGGCAUCGACGUCGCGUACUCGGCCAUUCCACGGAUUCCGAUGCUCCCGCCGGACCAGCGAUUUGAGGUGAACGAGGCGUUUGCGCUGAGUUUGCAGGUGGUCUGGGAGGUGCUGAUUGGGAUCUUGGGGUUGGGGCUGCUGUCGGCGCUGUUGAUGAAGGGGAUUCCGCUCCACAGCGUCGUGGAUCAGAAGUGGACGAUGCAGGAGAAUGCGGCGGCUGCCGCUGCUGACAAGGAGAAGAAUAUCGAGAUGGAGGCGGUGGUUGACGACAAGCCGGUGCAUGCCUGACGAGACGAUUGUUGACGAUUUCGAAGUGCGACUUCCAUAGACUCUACUAUACGACGCUAUAUAUAUUACUUGCGACCGAUUGAUAGCUGUUGGACGUGUGCGUCUCGGU